AUGACUGAACCAGAACACGUAAACUCCACCAACUAUGCCUAUGGACUUAUCGGUGCCUACGCCAUUGUCUAUCUCGGUAUUGCCAUAUCAUAUGCUGCUUACGAGCACAAGACCUACCGCGUUAUUUCUAUGAUCCGAGGAAGUUUAGUCACCCUAAUCUUCAACAAAACUCUGCGGAUGAGCACUACGGCUAUCUCAGAUACUGCUGCCAUCACGUUGAUGAGUACCGACAUCGAACGAAUUGGAAGCGGUCUCAGAGAGAUGCAUGAGUUAUACUCCAACUUUACCGAGGUUGCAUUGGCCUUGUGGCUGUUAGCACGACUGCUGAAUGUAGCGAUAAUCGCGUCUACCGCCGUUGUUGUUGUAUGUUUGGCUGCAGGUGUUCCGCUGGCAGUCGCUUGUGGGAAAGCACAAGGAAUAUGGCUCGAGGCUGUUGAGGAGCGGGUGGCCGUUACCUCAAAAGUCCUGGGAGUGAUGAAAAACAUCAAGAUAACAGGCUUGACAGAAACCAUCUCCAGCAGUCUUCGGGAAUUGCGAUCCGCAGAAAUCGAUGCUUCAUUUCUGUUUCGGCUCUACGAAACAUUGGGGAUUACACUCGGAUAUGCCUCUUCAUCCUUGGCCCCGGUGUUUGGAUUUGGUGUUUAUACUAUUCUUGCACAAGCAAAUGACACGGCUACUCUUACGAACGGUCUGGCCUUUUCUGCGCUGACACUCUUUUCGCUGUUGGAUCAACCAAUGGGCUCUAUUGUGAAUGGCUCGGAAGAUCUGAUGGCGGUGGUCAACUGCUUUCAGCGGAUCCAAAAGCACUUGAUGGAAGCGGAAAGAGUUGACCAUCGACUAAAACAUGAUGCUAGAGGGUCCCAAUCAGCGCAAAGUUCUAGCAGUGCCCCUCUUAUUGAGACAGAUCCCUUGGCCUGGGAACAAUACAUCGAACCCUGUGCUAUCAUUCGAAACGUCUCUGUGGCUUGGUCAAUUGAUACUGAGCCGGUGCUGAAAGACCUGAACAUUGAUAUCCAAGAAUCCAAGAUUACAAUGAUCGUUGGGCCUGUUGGCAGUGGCAAGUCUACUUUUUUGAAGAUGCUCAUGGGCGAGAUCCCAGAAUUUUCUGGCUCAAUCUCUACCAGCUUCAUUCAUGCCGCGUAUUGUAGUCAAUUGCCAUGGAUUACAUUCGGAACAAUCCAAGAAAAUAUCGUUGGUGGAUCGCCAUGGGAUCGACCCUGGUACGACCAGGUUACCAAGUCGUGCGCUUUACAAGCCGAUUUCCUACAACUUCCCGCAGGGGAUCAAACAAAAGUCGGCGUUCGGGGUUCUCGACUCAGUGGUGGACAGCAAAUCCGAGUGGCGCUUGCGCGGGCUCUUUACUCGAAAGAGCCGGUUCUUGUUUUAGAUGAUGCUCUAACGGGUCUUGAUCGUGAGACCGAGAAGAUAAUUCUCGAGAAUUUGUUUGCUGAACAUAGUUUCAUCAAGCAUUCUCGGCAAACAGUAAUUAUGGCAACAAACUCAGGUCUGUCACAUCAUCUUCUCUAUGCCGACAACGUCAUUGCACUAGAUGAGUAUGGGAGAAUCAUCCAACACGGGUCGUAUCGUGAUCUCAACAGUUCCGGCGGCUAUAUUAGAAUGCUUUCCGAUGGUGUUUCUACAGUCAACACUUCUCGAGCCCCCGGUGUUGUAUUGGACGACGAAACAUUGCGGGAAUUGAACUUGGAUGACCAACAUACCGAUUUAAGUCGACGUACUGGCGACUGGACUGUCUAUCACUUUUAUUUCCAGAACAUCGGCUGGCCUCUUCUGUCGGUCUUCCUUGCAUGCUGUGUUCUCUUUAUUCUCGGUCUCAGCUUUCCUCGUCAGUUUCAACAAACCUACCUAAACAUCCGGUUCCACUCUUUGCUAAUAGUCUAUACAGAAAUAUGGCUGCAGUGGUGGACUCGUGCCAAUGAACAGCACCCAAACAAACAUGUUAAUUAUUGGUUAGGUGUAUAUGCUGCACUUGGGUUCUUCUCCCUUUUAACUACCUUUAUUGGUACUUGGAUUCUCAUCAUGAUCAUACAACCCCGAACUGCCCGUCGGUUCCACGAGAUUCUGUUGCGUACUACAGUAGGAUUUAGCCAAGACCUGGAACUCAUUGACGACGAGCUUCCUUCAGCCUUGGAGUUAACAAUCAAUGCUGCACUAAGCUGUGUUGUGGAAGGAUUCCUAGUCUUUGUUGGUUCCUCUUAUGUCACAGCAGCAGUGAUCCCAGUCUGCGCCCUGGUGAUAUACUACGUGGCAAAGUUCUACGUCCAAACCUCUCGUCAAAUGCGUCUGCUAGACAUUGAAGCAAAAGCACCUUUAUUCUCGCAAUUCCUAGAAGUCCUGGGUGGCCUCUCCAGCAUUCGGGCUUAUGGCUGGACGGAGGAUUACCACCGCCGUAAUCAAUACGCCCUCGACGCUUCCCAACGCCCUUCCUAUUUACUUUAUUGCAUUCAGCGCUGGAUUGGUCUUGUGUUAGACUUGAUAGUGGCAUGUAUUGCUGUCAUUGUUAUUGCUGUCGCAAUCUCGAUGAAGGGUAGCCCUUCCAUGAAUUUAUUGGGCAUCGCGUUAUUCAAUAUUGUCAACUUCAGCGGCACCCUUCAGACGCUUGUUACAUACUGGAUUGGGUUGGAAACCUCUAUUGGGGCCGUUUCUAGAAUUCGUUCAUAUGCGCAACAAGCCACUACCGAGAAUUUAGAUUCUGAAACCGAGGCCGUUCAUGAGGACUGGCCUCAGCGGGGUGAAGUUGAUAUAGCCGGCCUUUCAGCAUCUUACGAUGCCUCUUCGGGGCCUGUUCUUGUUGGAAUUGAUCUCAGAAUUUACCCCGGUGAAAAGGUUGCUCUGUGUGGUAGGACUGGCAGUGGGAAAUCUUCCCUUGUUUCGGCAAUUCUGCGAAUACUAGAGCUAGAUAGCGGCACAAUUCUCAUUGAUGGCAUAGACAUUUCAAAGGUCUCCAGAGCACACGUUCGGUCCAGAAUCAACACCAUUCCGCAACAGCCCUUUUUCCUCCAUGGCACAGUGCGGCUCAACGCCAACCCCGAGGAGAAUGCAACUGAUGAAACAAUCAUUACAUCCCUACAAGCAGUCAAUCUAUGGUCUUACAUACAGCUCAAGGGAGGACUGGAUGUCGACAUGUCUGAUGAUUUACUGUCUCAUGGGCAGCAACAGCUCUUUUGCCUCGCAAGAGCACUUUGCAAAUCCAGCAAUAUUAUCAUUAUGGACGAGGCCACUAGCAGUGUGGACUCAGAAACAGAUGCGCUCAUGCAAACGGUCAUUCGGACGCACUUCAAAAAUCAAACUGUCAUUGCUAUUGUGCACAAAUUACAUACAAUUCUAGACUUUGACAAAGUUGCUCUCAUGGAAAAUGGCAAAAUUGUGGAGUUCGAUACACCCAAAGCGCUUUUGUCAAAAGAGGGAUCAGCGUUUCGGACUUUGUUGGAGGGUUCCCACUACAGUUCCAAAACAUAG